AAUAUCAUGUCCAAUAAAAAACAUACAGACAAGAAUGAUCUAGUUCAAAAUUAUCAUUCUGGAAGAUCCAGAACAAAUUCAACUGUCAAUUCCGAAAAUGUUCAAUUUAAUGUUAAGUCGCUCAAACAGCAGAAUGGACAGUCGCAUCCAAGUGGUUCUAGUAAAAAUGAAGAACAAAAUAAAAAUAAACCAAAUUUGGAUAAUAGGCAAGAAUAUUGGAGAAAACCCCUAAAUUUUGAAAUUGGACAAUUACAGUGGAAAUCAAACUUUAAUCUAGAAAAACGACAAGAACAAUGGGACUUUAAGCAAAAACAAGAUUUGUAUAAUAAUGAUAAUGAAAAUAAAUAUAAAAAUAAGUAUACUUUUGGAUUUAAACGUCUUAAAGAAUUAUGCGAUAAGGAAGCUCCUGAAAUUAUAUUUGUGAUGUCUAACAAAACUAAUGGAUUCGUCGAUUUAUUUAAACAAAAUAAAGAACCAGAUUGGAUAUUUUUGCUUAUGAAAGUUUCAGCUAAGGUUUGUUCUUCAGAAUUAAUGCAAAGUAAAUUUUUUUUACUUACAGAAUUAACAUGUAAUGAGUUUUUUAGUCAUAUAAAAACCUAUAUAUUGAGUACACCUACGGAAAAAAAUCAAGAUCGAUGUAACCAAAUGAAUACAUUUUAUGAAGAUUGUUUAGUAGUUUUUCAAUCUAUAACUAUAUUGUUUCCAAAAAUAGGGGAAGAAAAAUUAAAGGAAAUAAUAGUUAGUAGUAAUAUUGCUUUAACUGGUAUUAAAACUUAUUGUAAUCAUAUCAAAAUAAAUGAAACUACAAUCGCUGGAAUGAAUAAGCUUCUACAAAACCUGAAUGAAAUCAAAGUAACAGAUGAAUUAAAAUUAAAAGAAAAACUUAUGAUUAAUAAUAUAGCUCAAAUCAUUCCUCCUCCUGAAAAUUUUAGGGAACUUACAGUAUAUCCAAAUGUGAAUGAUCUUGAAUAUGGUGAACCAUUUUUACGACCUAAUAUCUCAAAAGGAGCAUAUCAAAAUGUAGAACAUUAUUUAGAUGUUCAAUUUCGUCUUUUACGUGAAGAUUUUAUUGCUCCAUUACGAGAAGGAAUGCAGUUUUAUAAGGAAUCAAUAAAUGAUCAACGUCAACCUCAGCGUAGAAAAAAAAUAAAUAAUAUUCGUAUUUAUUGUGAUGUUAAAUUUCAAAAAAAAGGUGAAUUUGUUUGUGAUAAAUAUGGUUAUUUAAUAAAUUUUGAUAUAAAAAAAAAAUUAAAAAUUAACUGGGAAAUGACUAAACGUUUCAUGUAUGGUUCUUUAUUGCUAUUUUCUGUUGAUAAUUUUAAGACAUUUUUUUUGGGUAUUGUUUUGAAUCGAAAGAUUGAACUUUUGAAACAAGGGAAGUUGAUUGUUGAAUUAUUAGAAGAUGCAAAACCAUUAUAUAAUAUAUCUCUUACCAUGAUAGAGAGUGAGGUAUAUUUUGAACCAUAUAAAUGCUCAAUGGAAGCUCUUAAAAAUAUUAAUAGACAUAAUUUCCCAAUGGAAAAAUAUAUAAUAUCGGCUUGUAAAAUAAUAGAUUAUCCAUAUUAUAUUAACACAUUACCUGAACCAAUCUAUUCAAUUGAUGAUUUACAAAAAAUCCAUCUACUAAAUACAUAUGAAUGGCCUACUAAAGAACAACUAAAACUUGAUGAUACGCAAUAUAGAGCAUUUAAAGCAGCACUAACUCAAGAAUUUACAGUUAUUCAAGGGCCACCUGGUACUGGAAAAACAUUCAUUGGAUUGAAAAUUAUGAAAACUAUUAUAAAUAAUUUAUAUUACAACCAAUGUCUCUCUAAACCAAUUUUAGUAGUGUGUUACACCAAUCAUGCAUUGGAUCAAUUCAUGGAAGGUAUUUUAAGUUUCACAAACAAAGUUGUAAGAAUUGGUGGUCAAUCUAAGUCCAAAAUAAUAGAAGAAUACAGUUUAAGGAAUAUAACUCGCAUGUACAAAAGAUCCAUAUCUACUAAUAGAGGUUUAAGAAAUGUUCGAGAACAAGUUAAAACAAUUAUGAAUAGCAUAAACUAUUUCAAGACAGUUAGUGAAGUUGUAUCAUACAAUGCUGGAAUAUUAGAAUUAUCGUUACUGAAAAAUGGUAUGCCUAAAAAAUAUCAUGAUUUUUUUAAAACUUCUUUAAAUCUUCUCUCUUGGUUAUUUCAUGAUUCUAAUUACUUUGAUGUAGACCCAAUUGGGUUUAUAACUAAAACUAACCAGGAUUUGAUCAAUAAAAUUUAUCAUUCCGAAAAAUUGUUGAAAAUUGAAAAGGAAAUAGAUGAAGGUGAUGAUAGAGAUGAACAAUAUGAACCAGAUACUUCAGAUCUAACGCAAAAUUAUAAAGAUGUUGUUAUUUAUAGUAUGACUUUAGAUAACAUAAAGUAUUCUUGUUUGGAACUUCUUGAGGAGAAUAUUCGAUUGGAGAAUCUAUCAAAUUUGGAUGUAAAUUAUUACAAUGAAUUUGAAGAAGCCAAACUUAAUUUUGAUAUGAUGGAAAAGUUACACAAUUAUUUUGAAAAUAUGUUGAAUUUGGUUGAUGUUUAUACUGAACUACCAAAAGCAAUUAAAGAUUUAAAUUUAUUAAGUAUGAGUGAAAGAUGGUCUUUAUAUUAUUUUUGGGUACGGGAAACAAAAGAGAUGAUUGAUCCAAAAAUAAUGAAUUAUGAAGAAAAGUAUACUCAAAUAUAUAAGCAAUACUCUGAAUUAAGAGAAUUGGAAAAUAUAGAGCUAUUAAAUAAGAUGCAUGUAAUAGCAUUAACUACUACUGGUGCAGCUAAACAUAGAAUAAUGCUAGAAGGCAUAGAGUCACCAAUCGUUGUUGUUGAAGAAGCUGCUGAAGUUUUGGAGGCACAUAUAGUUUCGUCAUUAACGAGACAUUGUCAACAUCUAAUAUUGAUAGGUGACCAUAAACAAUUACGUCCUAGCAAUGCAGUUUACAAAUUGGCUAAAGAUUUUAAUUUCGAUGUUUCACUGUUUGAACGUAUGGUCAAUAAUGAAGUACCAUGUUAUACGUUGGGUGAACAACACAGAAUGCGCCCUGAAAUAGUAUCCCUUAUAACUCCGUCAAUCUACAAUGAAUUGAAAAGUCAUAUUUCUGUUUACAAUAGAGAACACAUUCGUGGUGUAACCAAAAAUAUGUUUUUUCUAAACCAUAAUGUGUAUGAAAAAGAGGUUGAAGAAAUUUCAAGCAAAAGUAAUGACCAUGAAGCUAGAUUUUUAAUUAUGUUUGCCAGACAUUUAAUUUUACAAGGGUACACAACUGAUCAAGUGACAAUAUUAACAACUUACAGUGGUCAAUUAUUUUUAAUUCGUUCAUUACGAAAAAAACAUUCAAUAUUAGAGGGCAUGAAAAUAACGGUUGUCGAUAACUAUCAGGGUGAGGAAAACGAUAUUAUACUGCUAUCACUAGUUAGAAGUAAUGAACAGGGGAGUGUUGGAUUUUUGAAAAAUGAAAACAGAAUAUGUGUUGCUUUGUCGAGAGCUAAAUAUGGACUUUACAUAAUGGGUAACAUGGACAAUUUAUACAAUUCUGGUAAUUUAUGGAAAAAAAUAAAGGAAACAUUAGUAAAUCAGGAUUCAUAUGGCGAUGAAUUGACUUUAGAAUGUGCAAUACAUUCUGGUAUUACGACAAAGGUUUCAAAGAGUGAAGAUUUCAAUAUAAUUAUGGAAGGUGGUUGUAACAUGUUGUGUAAAUCAUUAUUAUUAUGUGGCCAUUAUUGUGCAAGUGUAUGUCAUUCUCAUGACCGUGACCAUUUGGGAAUUAAAUGCAAGGAGCCAUGUAACAAAUUCUGCGAUUAUAAUCAUCCUUGUACAAAAACAUGUUUUAUGGAUUGUGGACAGUGCACCAUACUUAUGACGAAAGAUUUACCAUGUGGUCACCAAACAGAAUUACCAUGCUUUAUUGAUAUUGAUACUUAUCCGUGUGAAGAAAUGAUGGAAUCUAUCCUAGAAGAAUGUGGUCAUAAAGUUAUAAAAAAAUGUCAUGACAAAAAUCCAAAUUGUUCAGUUAAAUGUCAUAUUCGUUUAGAUUGUGGUCAUGCUUGUGAGCGAAAUUGCCACAAAAAUGAUGAUCCAGACCACGAGAAGUAUAGUUGCUUAAAACCCUGUGAAAAUAUUAACAAAAAAUGCUCUUUAAAUCACAAAUGUCAAAAGAUGUGUUAUGAAAGUUGUGCAUCAUGUACUGUUAAAGUUAAGAAAACUCUGCCUUGUGGGCACAUAAAAAAUGAUGUUCCUUGUGGAUUAAAAUCUAAUGAGAUUAAAUGUAAUCUUCCAUGUAUUCGCCCUUUAAAAUGUGAUCAUAAAUGCCUAGCUAAAUGUUAUGAACCGUGUAAACCUUGUGAAAUAUUGGUAAAAAAAGUAAUACCAGACUGUGGACACUCAGUAACAAUUAAUUGUAAAACAAUACCAGAACGUAAGCAUUGUACUAAGCAAUGUGAUACAAUUUUAAUUUGUGGGCAUUUAUGUAAGAAUCUAUGUGCAAAAGAAUGUAUACCUGAAGAAUGUGAGGAAAUUGUAUUACAAAAAAUAAGCAAACUAGCUUGUGGUCAUAAUAAAGUUUGGGUCUUUUGUUGUGACAAAGAUAAAGAGUUCAAACUAGAUAGCCAAUAUCUACUUGAUAAAUGCCAUGAACCAUGUCUACAAAAAUUAAAUUGUGGCGAUAUUUGUUUGGGCACAUGUGGAGAAUGUAAACAAGGUCGUUUGCAUAUACCUUGUAGUGAGGUUUGCAAUAAGAUAAACCCGUGUAAUCAUUUAUGUAAAUUUCCCUGUAAGGAACGAUGCCCGCCUUGCAAUGAAAAUUGCAAUUAUUCUUGCGCCCAUUCUAAAUGUCCUCGUUUAUGUGGUAACCAAUGUGCACCAUGUAUGGAAAAAUGUGAAUGGGAGUGUCCACAUUUGAAAUGCACCAAAAAAUGUAAUGAAAUAUGUGAUCGAGAACCUUGUUAUGUGUCUUGCACAUUAAAGUUGAAAUGUGGGCAUGCAUGUAUAGGUUUUUGUGGGGAACCGUGUCCUCCUCUUUGUCGCAUUUGUCAAGAAGAUGAAGUUAAUACAAUCAUUUUUGGUAAUGAAGAUGAACCAAAUGCAAGAUUUGUUUACUUAGAAGAUUGCAAACACGUCAUCGAAUCGGAAGCUUUAUCAAAAUGGAUGAACCAAAAUGAUAAAGAAAUAUGUUUGAAACAGUGUCCAUUAUGUAAAACUCCAAUUUUGAGAACCUUACGUUUUAUGAACCAAGUAAAAGUUAUAGUAAAAGACAUUUCAAUAAUAAAAACAAAACAUUAUGGAGAAUUAGAUGCUAUUAAAAAGGGCAAGAAAGAAAUAAUUCUAUCAUUAAAAUCCUUGGAUACAAAUUUUAUUUCAAAUUAUAUUGGUGAUCAAAAUAAUGGGUAUGAUAGUAUGAAACAUCUAUGGGAUACAUUUUGCAAACCCUUAUUAGCUUCAUUAAAGUUUGUAGACAAGAAACGUUCAAACUUCUCUUUACCAGCAAAAGAUAUCGAAUCUUUAAAUUUUGUUAUUGAUUUGUUUAAAACUACUUCAAAGUUCAAAGAAAGAAUUGGAGGCAUCAUUGAUGUCCAAAAGAAACAAACCAUCACUAACCACUUUAAAUGGCUACUUAAAGUUGCAUUUACUUAUUCCAGACAAUUAUCUAAUCAACAGAAAUAUGAUAUAAAUAUGGAAGUUGCAAGAGGUGCUAGAAUAUUACAUUUAUUCGAAAUAAUGUCCUCUACAAAGUUUAAGAUGGCAUAUGGACAUGGGAUGCAAAAUUCUUGUACAACUGAAUUAAACAACUUAAUAGAAAAUAUGGAAACUUUGUUAAUGUCUUGUAAAAUAUACACCGUCGACAGAGACAAAGAAGUAGAAAUGAUAACUAAGUCAAUUGAUGAGAAAUUCGAUGGUAUGGCUAUUAUUACCGAAGAAGAAAGAAAAAUGAUUCACAAUGCAAUGUCCACCAGUUUCCUAGAGGGUCAUAGAGGUCAAGGUCAUUGGUGUAAAUGUCCAAAUGGUCACAUUUAUGUUAUUACAGAAUGUGGAGGGCCAUUAGAGGAGGCUAUUUGUCCUGAAUGUAAAGUUCAAAUUGGCGGUCAAAACUACAGGCAUGCUUCAGGCGUAACGGUAGCAUCAGAAAUGGAUGGUGCUAGUCACCUCAUGUUUCAAACUUAAUAAUUAUAAUAACUUAACACCACCCC